AUGAAAUCGACGGCCGAGAUCACGAUUCAAAUAUUGAGCUUAUCCAAAUUCGACGAUCCAGUUUCUCUUUCUAGACGUACUCACGCACGCACAGAUUCCUGCAUUCCAUCGGUUGUUCGUUCGAGUGGAGAUAUGGGGAAUGCCAAUGGCAAAGAAGAAGGCGUUGAGAAUGGCGGUGGCGGGGAUGAGGUGUCGGGGCUUUCGAACCACGCGCAGACGGCGCGCGUGGCUUCUUCUGAUUUGAUGGUUAGCUCUCCCCCGCACGACCUCCGGCAGUCUCGCCCGCCUGUCUUGUUUUCCUCGCAGAAAGGAUCAUCUGUGAAGUGUUAUUUACUACGACUAUAUGUUUUUAGUUCUUCUGCUGGGAUUCUCGUGUACAUAAGAACUGUCGCGCGGAUGACCCCUGUACUUCCAUCACAAAGAAACGGUGGCACUUCAUCUACUCAUUUGCUGCGGAAUGAAUCUAGACGUGCUCUUGAUCGCCCCCUUGAAAAAGGCAUUCCAACUAUAAUAACCUGGAGCUUUGGUGGCAACAAUGUGGCUGUGGAGGGAUCUUGGGACAACUGGAAGACAAGAAAACUACUUCAAAGGUCAGGAAAGGAUCAUUCGAUUCUUUUGGUCCUUCCAUCAGGCAUAUUCAGAUAUAGACUCAUUGUGGACGGCGAAGUUAAAUACAUCCCUGAUCUUCCGAGUGAAACAGAUGAUACAGGCAGUGUCUGUAAUGUUCUCGAUGUCCAUGAUUACGUUCCCGAAAACCUGGAUAGCGUGGCAGAAUUCGAGCCUCCCUCAUCACCCGAGUCCAGCUACAGUCAAAUUUUUCCGGGAGAAGAAGAUUUUGCAAAAGACCCUAUGUUGGUCCCUCCUCAACUUCACUCCUCAGGCCUUGGCUCCGAUAACCACAAAGAAGCAGGUGGUUCAAAACCGCAGCAUGUGGUGCUGAACCACCUAUUUAUGGAGAAAGGACAGCAGCCUCAAUCUGUUGUUGCCCUUGGCCUGACCCAUAGGUUCCAGUCUAAGUAUGUGACUGUUGUCCUUUAUAAGCCGCUCAAGAGGUGAUUCUAACUUUUUGCAUGACACGGCUUUUUCCGUGGCUUGCUAUGAACGAUUGCAAGCCCGUCUUGUUGAUGGUGUUGAUGCAACUGCUUGGAAAGGUCUUUUUUUGCGUUCUUGUGUGUUGCUCUUGUACAUUAAUAUCCUUAGAACGUUUUUUAGGUGUAAAUUCAUUUAGUUGAAGUGAAAAAUGGAGAUGCGCUUUUGUUCUAUAUACUUUAAACGGAUUCCGGCAUUCAGAUAACAAACCGAAAAACUAGCCGCCUCUCAAAAUUGUGAUUAUCCCUUGAAAGCAUUACAAAAACCUCAUUGGGAGUUGUACGUUUUUAACACCUUGAGGGUGUGAAUUUUAAGAAAUCUGUCUUAAGGAGCAUAUGACGAUAGUAUACUAUUGACAUACAUAUGCUUUUCUUGCAAAUUAGGGUAACGUCAACUGUAGUUUAUGUAAUUGGCA